GUAUUCUAGUUGGACUUGCAUAUAUAUGGGGCCCACUGAAAGCACUUGUUGAAAUGAUCAAUGCAGCCAUUACAGGACCAUAUUCAUAUGAUAGAAGCCAAAGAUCAUUUGGCCAGUCCUAUACAUAUAUGCAUGGAACAGUUGGCCCGGAACAAAAUCAUGAUAGAGGGAGGCAGAAUUAUGGAUGGAAUUUUGCUUAUGACCAGUCUGAAGCAGGAGCAUCUUCUCCAUAUGAAGGCGGAACAAGAAGCACUGCUAAUAUUUCUGCAGAGGAAUUAAGGCAACGAAGACUACAAAGGUUUCAGUGAACUUCGAAUUUAUAUAGAAAUGGAUGCACACAGAGUGCUUUAAAAUAUUUUCGAUAUUUCCUAAUUUGAUAUGAUAUUAUAUACGUGACAUUCAUAGCUACCAAAUAAAACUCUAUAACAUGAAA